GCAUCUCUCCAUUGGAUGAGAUGUGGACCAAUAGCGACAGCACGCGCUGAACGUUCGGUGUGAUUACUCGAGGUUCGUUAUGUCUACAAACGAAGCGUCUCUCGUCUCUCUUUCAAUCUACGUUAAUACUAUGCGAGUCAUUAAACAAACUGUUAACGCUACGUGUGUAGUUACGAUCACACUUGGGAUACGCAAACAAAACAUUGCACAAUAUUUCAUAUAAAGUGUAGAAACAAAAAUAACUUUAAUCGAGUUAAACAUUUAGCCACCAUAUCUUUAUAUGUGUGUAUUUCUUGUUUAUUGGAAACUUCGAUUGGUACACGAGUUAUGUGGAAAAAGUGAAGCCAACACGAGAGAAUCUAUAGCUUUAUAAACAAUGUUAUAUUUCUCUAGAAUAGUUAAGAAAAUGACAAAUAAUUUCAUUUUUAUAUAACAGCACUGGUCCGUUACAAGGGAUUCGUUCAUGAAAUAAGAAGAGAGAUAUUGAUUUUAUAUAAUAAAGCAGUAUAGUGGCAGGUAUAAAUAAAACUACAGAUACCCGAACACUAUUAUAUUAACACAGCGAUAUAUAGUUACAACGAAAACUAAAACCUCACUUUCUUAAUAUACAAUUUAAUGGCAAAUUAAAAAUAUCUAUAUAUAAUAUAUACCUCUGAGUGCUGUCUGUGUGCUCUCCGACACCUCACCAAACUCCUCCCUCAAAGGGCGUCUUCACUUCACAUUCACUUGUUACCAGUCCUGUGUCGAAUUGCACAUCGGAGGGACGUUCGCGCCUUUUGUGACGUUUGACAGAAGUCCGACAGAUAAAAAAAAUUAUUGUGAUUAUUGUUUUUUUCUUUUUAAAAAGCAGUGAAUCGCAGUAUAAGUUCGAGUUUUUUUUUUGUGAAAUCGUCAUAAUAAAUGUUUAUAAUUUGUUUUUAAACAGUGACAGAUUUAAUGUGAGGUGUGUGAAUAGUUUUUUUUGAUGCGUCGUCUUUAUAUAUAAGUAUAAAUGUCUAGUUAUGGCAGCACCUCUCCUUCUGACGAGGGCUUCGACAGAUAUGAGCCGCCCUUCUACUGUCAGACAUCACACCAAGGAAGUCCCAUGGAGGGAGGCGUGUUCUGGUCCGGGGCUGGCGAGAACCAGGAGUAUGAACACCAAGACGUGUACCACGACACAGGAUACAUCGGAAGGAAUUACGCGUACGAGGAAAUGCAGAUUUUGGGGAACGAACCCUACGAUGUCUAUCAUAACACUAUGAUGCAUCAAAACUACCCGCAAAAUAACGGAGGCCUGGACUGUGACAUGCAAGCCAUACCUCGUUACGACAGGCCGCCGCCGUCGUUCGUGAGAGUGGUGAAGAGGAGGACCACGGCCAACAAGAAGGAGAGGAGGAGAACGCAGAGCAUCAACACGGCCUUCACCGACCUGAGAGAGUGCAUCCCCAACGUGCCGCCCGACACCAAGCUGUCCAAGAUGGUGCGACCGAGAUCGCAGAGCAUCAAUGUAGCGUUCUCGAAACUCAGAGAUCGUAUACCGAGCGUGCUCCCCGACACUAAGAUGACUAAGAUCAAGACGCUCCGCCUGGCCACGUCGUACAUCUCGUAUCUGCUCAAGGUGUUGGAGACUGACGGUGAGCCCGCGGGAGGGUUCCGGGCGGAGCUGCACCACGCGCCGCCGAGGAGACGGGCCGCGGAGGCACAGAACGUCGAGAAGAAGGGUAAAGGUCGUACUGGAUGGCCGCAACACGUCUGGGCGCUCGAACUAAAGAGCGAGAAUAAUUUGCAAACAUAAAUUUAUAUAUUAAAAGAAAUCUUCAUCACUUAUAUUAUAUUUAUACCACAUUAAUAGAAACUUUAUUCUGUUUUUGGUGUAAGAUC